GACCAGCAGUAACAAGAGAACUGCACUUCACAGGGGUCUGUCUGCCCAAGCUUUCCUGAAACACCUGCGCUCGCCACCAGCAGCGUCAUUAAUCCCGCGAGACGACGGGUCCGCGGAAGGCACAAAAUUCCCCCUUUUCCAGAGCCCAGGUUUUUGCCGUCAAGUUAAAUUCCGGGGUGCGGAAGUAGCUCUGUCGUGCCGCCUCUAAUCGCUCAGAAAUCAACCCCAGUUCUACGGGGAAAGCUAGGCCUCCGACCGCUAUGGAAGGGCAGCAAGGGCAAGAAAAGCUCGCGACCCUAGCGCUUGCCCAAGCUCAUUUCCAGAAGGGCGAGUACGCGGAGGCCGAAGCGCUGUACUCCGCUUACGUUCGCCAGUACGCCUGUGCGGCCUCCGAGGGAGAGGCGUCCGGGAGCAAAUGCAGCCCUGAGGAUUUGGCUACUGCAUAUAACAACAGGGGGCAAAUCAAGUACUUCAGGGUGGAUUUUUAUGAAGCCAUGGAUGACUACACAUCUGCCAUAGAAGUCCAACCCAAUUUUGAAGUUCCAUAUUACAACAGAGGGUUGAUAUUAUAUAGGCUGGGAUACUUUGAUGAUGCUUUGGAAGAUUUCAAGAAAGUAUUAGACUUAAAUCCUGGAUUUCAAGAUGCUGUUUUGAGCUUAAAACAGACUAUUCUAGACAAAAAAGAAAAGCAAAAAAGAAAUUAUUGAGAAUUUUAACUUAGUUGAAAUACUAACUCAUGAUCCACCUGGCAUCUCAUUGUCUUUAAUUUAAAGCUGGUGUUAAGCUAUUUUGAUUUAUAUUUAAGAUAAAGAGAUUCAUGCAUCAGCACUGAAAGUUAAAUGAUGUACUUAAGGUAGUUAAUUUCAGAUUGAGUAACUAUGUUGAGUGGGUAUGCUUUUAUGAAGUGUAAAUAAGUAAAAAGAAUGUAUCAUUGUAUAUUAUUACAGUAAAAUAUUUAAAGAAA